CUUGUCAGUAUCGAGCGAUUGGUUGACCGUACGAUCACUCACUAACAGUUUGACAAUGUUUUCGAUUUUCGAACGUUUACGUUAACCUGCUAAAAUGAUCAGGAAAGCAUAAAUAAAAUACUGUAUUGUGUAGAGUGACUCAAGUUCCGGUGUUAGUAGUGACAGUCACAAUUUACAUUGACAAUUCUCAUCUAUUAUUUUUUGGUGCAAGAUAAACAUUUCAUCAGCAGUUCAAUAGAUCAAUGUAACGGAUUUUUAUGUUUGAAAAAUCGAAUCAAGGUAACCUUUCGUUGGUGGGCACUCAACUUACGAUGUCUUCGUCUGAUAAAGAAAAUAUAGACACGUGGAACUUGUCGGCUGAGCUCAAUACAUCGAAUAAAUCCAUUGACGAUGAAAAAGAUGAAUCAACUUCAGAGCUACGAGUGUAUUUUCGAUCGAGAAUGAUAGAAGCUUUGAUGGAAAAUAUUCAAAGCUCCAAGUGCUCGAUUGAUUUGAAAAAAAGAUUACUAAACUCAGCUAGUGAAGUAGCUAAAAAUUUCGAAUUCCAAGCAUUUGAUUCGUCAAAAAAACUUAUAAAAUAUAAAUAUUUAGUGGCUGAAAAGCUUACAGAUAUCAAGAAAGCAACGAAAAACAAUAUUUUGAGUGAAUUAUUUGAUGAGGAUUCGGAAAAUAUCCCGAAUGUAAAAGAGUUCAUACCAAACACAAACUUUGACGAAUCAACUACAAAAGAAAAAGCUGAAUCAAGCACUAGUGAAUACGAUCUGAUUAAACCUUCGUACUCGAAUCUUGUAAACUAUCUGGAUAAAUUAACGGUUGCAUCCAAACUUGUUAAUUAUGACGACGAGGUCGAAACUCAGGGGACAGUGUAUUAUUCCCAAGAAACAGUAUAUGAAACACCACCUUCAGAUUUUAAUGAUAAAUACCUUGAAUCGCUUCAGAAAAACAUAAAUUCCUCUGUAAAAUCGAAGCGCAUUAUAAUUCAAAACGAUACCUUCAAGAAAUUUGAUCAUUCAAAAAGGGAACAUUCUAUUUCAAACGUUUUAGACGAGGAAGUUUUAAUGAAAAAAUCAAAGUUAGAAGGUAGUAACGAGUCGAUAUUUGAUGAAUUCGAAUUUUCGGAAACUAAAUCAAUAAACUCAAGGGUAGAACAAGAUUCGGGAGAUAAUGACACUAAAUAUAAUUCAUUUGAAUUUGACGAAAAUUUCCAUUACAUCACUGAUCUUGACUCGCCAAAGCAAAAUACGGAAAUCGAAGUAUCUUACUUCGCAGAUCCCGGCAUGGGCCAUUUAAACUUCGAUGUUAAAAGUGCCGAAACAGAAAAGUUUGAUAAAAUAUACGUCGAUGAGAAUGGCGAAUUUCUUUUUGAUGAAUAUGUUGACCAUAAAGAUUCCUAUACACCUAGUAAUGAAGAAAAAGAGGAGCAAAUUCAUGAUAUUUUGAAGCCAAUAGUCGAUUAUUAUCGUUCCACUUUACUUCUUAAAAACGAUGAGGAUUACAAACGUGUUUCUUCAAAUAUCCUGGCGGAUUUGAUGAAGCGUAAAAUAAAUAAUAGCAGUUUCGUUGACAACGUCCAAAAGUAUGCUGUUUUUGCCAUUUCAUCUUACAAGUACAUCUAGAAAAAUGAAUUUCUCACGUGUGAUUCGUCAUAAGGCUGAUACUUAUGUUGUUAAUAUUUUUUGAAGAAGAAACCAUUGGCGUCUAAUGCUCAAUACAUUUUGAGUGUAUUUAAUGGAUUUCAGUAUUUUACCCUGCAAUUUCGAUAUUAUAGGGUUAUAGCAAAACUUAUUUAGUCUUUCGAGACAUUCCUUACUCAGUAAUUUUCGUGGGGACUUAAGGAUAUUACAUCGAUACUAUUUUUCGCUGUAUAAUUCUCAAUUAUAUUUUUUUUUGCAAUCUCUCGACAUUGAUACAUAUUUUUUCUUUCUAUUCAUAUGAUACACAUUACCA